AUGGACGAGCGGGGCUGCGUGGCCGCCUGGGGGGACAUGGUGGCGCGGAACCUGCGAUCUAUUCCACACUCCUGUUCAACACUCGGAAGAAAAAUUGCCACUCUGUAUGACAGCUUUACUAGUAAAUCAUUAAAAGAACACAUUUUCCCUCCUCUGAUGGACAUGCUAAUUUUUUUAAAUUUUUUCAAAGCACCGUUUCUUGUGGAUUUAAAGAAGCCAGAGUUAAAGAUCCCUCACACAGUGAACUUCUACAUCAGAGCUGAACCUGGGGUGACUCUGGGCAUCUGGCACACGGUCCCCAGCUGCCGGGGGGAAGAUGCCAAGGGGAAGGACCGUUGCUGGUAUGAAGCGGCCCUUCACGACGGCAACCCAAUUAUUGUUUAUCUUCACGGCAGCGCGGAGCACAGGGCAGCUCCUCACAGACUGAAGCUGGUAAAGGAGCUGAGUGACGGUGGCUUCCACGUCUUGUCUGUGGACUACAGAGGGUUCGGGGACUCUACAGGGACGCCCACUGAGGAGGGACUGACGGCCGACGCUAUCUGUGUCUAUGAGUGGACUAAGGCGAGAAGCGGCACCACCCCCGUGUGCCUCUGGGGCCACUCUCUGGGGACAGGAGUUGCAACAAAUGCAGCAAGAGAGCUGGAAGAGAGAGGAUCCCCAGUUGAUGCUAUUGUCCUAGAGGCUCCAUUUACCAACAUAUGGGUUGCAAGCAUCAAUUAUCCCUUGUUAAAGAUUUACCGGAAACUUCCAGGAGUUUUACACACGCUUAUGGAUGCCCUGAGGAAAGACAGAAUAGUGUUCCCUAAUGAUGAAAAUGUUAAAUUCUUGUCUUCUCCUCUUCUCAUCUUACACGGUGAGGAUGACAGGACGGUGUCUUUGGAGAUUGGAAAACAGCUCUAUGAAACUGCACACAAUGCAUACAGGAACAAAGAGAGGGUCAAGAUGGUGAUCUUUCCCCCUGGCUUCCAACACAACUUGCUUUGUAAAAGCCCCACAUUGUUAAAAACCGUGAGAGAUUUCCUGAGCAAGCAGUGGGCAUGA